AUGGCGGUUCGUGCGACGAUUCCUCGCUUUCCAUCCGACCCCGACGCACAGGAGUCGUCGGGGCUGCCGUGGGGCGUGACGGUGACGCCGUUUGCGGCCAAGGACGAGAACGGAAACCCGCCGUUGUACGGAUCGGACGGCCAUUUGCUACCCAGGUGCGAGAAUUGCUGGGCCUAUUACAAUACCUACUGCGAACAAGAGCAGUGGGCCUGGUCUUGUGCUCUGUGUGGGACCCUCAAUGGCCUCUCGUCUCAGAUCAUCUCUAAAUACUCUCUCCCUGACUCUUGUCCCGAAAACAUGUCCUCCUUCAUCGAUCUCGAGUUGCCCAUGGAAGGAUCUGGGGAAAUGGAGGCUCGACCAGUCUAUGUUGCGGCUGUUGAUCUGUCAUCCUCAGAGGAGUUUUUGGAACUGACUAAAAGUGCUCUUUUAGCAGCCCUGGAAGCUCUUGGGCCUGGAUCACUUUUUGGCCUUGCUACAUUCAGUCACAAAAUAGGUUUGUAUGAUGUUCAGGGGCCUAUACCAGUUGUGAAGAAUGUUUUCAUUCCCCCAGAUUCCGAAGGCUCCUUACCAAUUGAGCUCGAAGAUGUCAUGCCUUUAUUUUCAUUUUUGGCUCCGGUGGAAACUUGUAAGGAUCGUAUUGCAUCUGCACUUGAAACACUGAAACCAACAACUUCGUGGGAAAGGACCACCGCAGCUGGUCAAGGAUUAGAUGGAGUUUUGCUGGGUGGGCGGGGUUUUGGUGUGGCAAUGGAAGCUCUUUUCAAUUACCUUGGAUCAGAAUAUGGAAGCACAUUUGCAUUAGCCAGAGUCUUUGCCUUCCUAUCUGGCGCUCCUGAUUACGGAGCAGGGCAACUAGAUACGAGAAGGUACGGUGAGCAAUAUGCUAGCAAAGGGGAGGAUGCAGACCGUGCUUUACUUCCUGAGCAGACACCAUUUUACAAAGAUCUGGCUGCUGUUGCGGUUCAAGCAGGUGUUUGUGUGGACAUAUUUGCUGUUACAAAUGAGUACACAGAUUUGGCAUCGCUUAAAUUUCUUAGUAUUGAGAGUGGAGGCUCAUUAUUUUUGUAUGCAAACACUGAUGAUUCUACACUUCCUCAGGACAUGUACCGCAUGUUAAGUCGCCCAUAUGCCUUUAAUUGUGUACUGCGACUAAGGACAUCCACUGAAUUCAAACCUGGUCAUUCUUAUGGUCAUUUCUUCCCUGAUCCACAGUAUGAAAACGUUCAGCACAUUAUUUGUUGUGAUUCUUAUGCCACGUAUGCUUAUGACUUCGAUUUUGCAAAUACUACUGGCUUUUCCAGACACACUUCAGAACUUCCUAUGGUACAGAUUGCUUUUCAAUAUACUGUUGUUGUGCCUCCAGAGGAGCUUUCGAAUUCAGGAAUGAAUUCUGCAAGUAGGUAUGCUUAG